GACGUCCUCGCGCGCGGAGGCGGGGCCAGCGGCAGCAAUUUGAAGCAGAAGCUGCGCUGCCUGCCGCGGGCCUCAGGCGGACGACACCAACCGAGCACCAGGCUAGCAAGAAUUUUGCCGAGAAAUAUUAUCGCCACCACGGAUUUCUUAUGGGAUAAACGCACAGGCCUCGCUGCUAAAACGAUGCCUUACACAAGACGGUAUUCGUCUUCUGACAGAGACAGUCGGACCAGCUACCCGGACCGCUACCGAGACAGAGGAAGGAGACAAAGGUACAGAAGAUCACCCACCUACUCAUCCAGCAGUGACCGAGAGCGUGACCGAAGAGGGCGGGGACACAGACCCAACGGAAGCUAUGGAAGAACCAGGAGUCGCAGCUAUGACAAUCGCUCAAUGGAGCAUCGACCGUACGACCGAAGAUACUGUGAAGGAUACCGACGACUCGAUCCCAGCCGAGAUCAAGACCGGGACCGGGAGCCCCACGGCACAGCUGAGAGCUUUUAUCCACGAGAAUUCUCCCCCAACUUGUACGACUACCGACGCGGCCGUGAGAAAGAGCGGGAAAGGUCCUACCAGAGGAAAGGCAGCAGGCGUAAGCACAAACGAAGGCGGCGUAAAACCAGGUCCUAUAGCCAAUCCUCCUCGAGGAGCAACAGCCGGACGCGGGCACUGAGUGUGAGGGACGACGAGGAAGGGCACCUGAUCUGUCGGAGUGGGGACGUCCUGCAAGAGAGAUAUGAGAUCGUCGGCACUUUGGGGGAGGGCACCUUUGGGAGGGUGAUGAAAUGCAUCGACCAUCGAAGGGGAGGAGUCAGCGUCGCUCUGAAAAUCAUCAAGAAUGUGGAGAAAUACAAGGAAGCUGCUCGUCUGGAGAUCAACGUGUUGGAGAAGAUCAACGAGAAAGAUCCUGAUAACAAAUUCUUAUGUGUACAGAUGUAUGACUGGUUCGACUAUCACGGUCACAUGUGUCUGUCCUUCGAGCUGCUGGCUCUCAGCACAUUUGACUUUCUGAAGGAGAACAACUACCUGCCCUAUUCCAUCGGUCAGGUCAGACACAUGGCCUACCAGAUCUGCCUCGCUGUGAAGUUUCUGCAUGACAGUAAGCUGACGCACACAGACCUGAAGCCUGAGAACAUCCUGUUUGUGAAUUCUGACUUCACCAUGUCUUACAAUGUGGAGAAGAAACGGGAAGAGCGCACCGUGAAAAAUACCUCGGUACGAGUGGUGGACUUUGGGAGCGCCACAUUUGACCACGAGCACCACAGCACCAUCGUGUCGACGCGGCAUUACCGAGCUCCUGAAGUCAUUCUAGAGCUGGGUUGGAGUCACCCCUGUGACGUGUGGAGCAUCGGCUGCAUCCUCUUCGAGUACUACUUAGGCUUCACUCUGUUUCAGACUCACGAUAACCGCGAGCAUUUGGCCAUGAUGGAAAGAAUUCUGGGCCCGGUUCCCUCCAGGAUGAUCCGCAAGACUCGGAAGCAGAAGUAUUUCUACCGCGGUCGCCUGGAUUGGGAUGAGAGCUCCUCUGCAGGAAAAUAUGUCCGAGAAAACUGCAAACCCUUACGGGUGAGUGAACGUUAUCUGCUGUCGGAGGCGGAGGAGCACCACCAGCUGUUCGACCUGAUAGAAAGCAUGUUGGAGUACGAGCCGGCCAGGAGGCUGACGCUGGCCGACUCCCUCAAACACCCCUUCUUCGAGAACGGGGGCGCCAGCGAUGCUGCCGGCAGCAAGAACUGGGAUAGCAACCGGGACAUCAGCCGGUGACCCUCCGGCCUGCAGAGACUCGACCGAGGAGAUGGAGUCCUUCCCACGUAAAAGCGGAGCCUCAAAAGAAGUCGGUGUUGGCGGCGUGGACGUUCUCCAUCUGCUCCCUUUGCUUCUGCGGCCAAACUCUGCCCCCAAACUCUGAAAUCAACACCGGUAAUAUCCGACUCGUUGGCUGAAGCCGGCCUCCGUGCAGCUCCCGUCUUCCUUUGGACCUUCCAGAACCUUCGUCCUCGCCGCGUGAGAGCUCCCAUCAGCGCGAAGAAGAAACGUCUUCCAUUUCUGACGUCUGAGGAAGAUCCAUCGUUCACAAAACAUGAACGUUUUUAAAAGGACGACACCCCCCCCACCUUGCUCACUUGGUCCCGUGUGCCGGUGAGCUGAUUGGCUCUCUGCCCGCAGGAGCCCGCCGUGCUGAUGGAUAUUUGUUAAACUGUUUUUUUUGUUUUGUUUCCUAAAUGUGUGUAUCUGCGCAUGGAGAGGUGAGGGGCUGCGUUCUGGUGGUCUGUUCUUCUUCUCACAUCAUUUAACCUCUUCCUCGUUUCGGUGACCCCACAGCUCCCCCUGCUGGUAUUUAUUAUUAUUUUUCCUUCUCGUUUAGGUCACGGUGCCCUGUUCUCAUUCUGUACAUUAUUUUUGUUGGGUUUUUUUUGUAUGAGAUUCUGAGCGUAUAGAAUUGUAUAUAUGUACCAUUGUGUAGAAUUAAAGUCUUGCCUAAAGGCCGCCGGAGCUGCUGGUGGCGCUUUGGGUCUUUGCUCCUGAAAA